ACAUCAGUACUCCUCACAGCAGCAUCAGUAAAGCAGCACAGGGUCCAACUCACAGGUGCUUUUCUCCGCUGCUGUUUAAAAAAACUGGCACCAUAAGUAUUUAUUCUAUUUUUUACUGAAAUUAAGAGCUCCGGGUCGAUCACCGGGAGAAGAAUUCACACACCCGAGGGAUUUCCUACUUGGAGAUGUGUGGUAUGGACGUGGACCUGGACGAUGGAGGUUCAGGCGAGGAGGAGAAAGAGGAGGAGUUCUGGAUCGGGGAGGGAGUGAAGAUGCUGCCCCCUCCCGUGGCCCACAGUGGGGGCAGCGCGUGGGGCAGCCGCAGGGGCAGGUGUGGUUGCGUGGCCUGUGGAGCAGGUCUCAUCCUCUGGAACCUGUGUGUCGUCUUGGCCAGCGCUCUGCUCCUGGCUGUGGUCUUCUCUGUGGUGCUGCUGCCUGCAAUGCUGCUGCUGUAUGUCGGUUUCCUCUGCCAUUCCAGGGUCCUUGACGCCCCCUCUGCCAUCUGCCAUUACCUUGACGACAACAGCUGCUCCGCCCUCAUCAUCCUGGGCUUUGUGAUGAUGUCGCCGCUCGUGGUCGUGGCGGCCGCCAUCUUCUGUGGGCUGCUCCGAAGGUUUCGACUCCUGCUUCUCAUUCAGCCGAUCACACGUGCCUGGUACCGAGGGCGGCUGCUGGACUGGGUGGGCAGCAUCCAUGCCUGGGUCUGAUAUGCUAACAGUCAGGGGGGAUCAGAAAGUUAGAUCAGUGUAAAAUAACCAGAGAGAUACAGGGGGUAGACAAAAUAAUGUAAACACCUAACAAUAUAAUCAAUAAAAUAGUGCUACAACAAAUCUUACCUUUCUGAUGAUGCUCAGUUUUGUCGAGAUUGUGUCAGAGAGAUGUUGACUCAACUAGAUGCUACGUUUUAAAGAAAUAGUUUGACAUUCUGGGGAAUAUGCCUAUUCACUUUUUGGUUGAGAGUUAGAUGAGAAGUUCGAUACCGUUUUCAUGUCUGUACUGUACAAAUGAAGCUACAACCAGCAGUCGGUUAGCUUAGCUUAGCAUAAAGAUUGGAAGCAGGGAAAACAGCUGUCCAAUCUAAGGCUCACUAAUUAACACAUUAUACAUUACACUUGUAAUUGUAAAAUUGUAAAAACAUCAAGUUGUGGUUUUACCAUGCAUUACUAUUGGAACAACAGAUGUGUCUUUUAUAAAUAAAGCUGCCUUGUCUUGCCUCAUAAAGGGGGGAAAGCUUUUUGGGCUGCUGGGGAUUUUGCAAUGCCAGGAGUGGCCACUGGGACAAAUUGGCAGCAAGGCUGAGUGGCGCCGCCGUAUCCAGCUCUCUUAAUUUAUCCAUGGGCUUUACGGACUAUUUCUUUUCUGGGCGUAGUAAUGUCCUGGAGUCUCUGCUGGUUGCCUGGCAACCUCACAGUGUCGACAAGAUUCCAGGUAGUCAGUGCUGUUGCCGAGAAAUUGUUGUAGCACUCGUAAAACCCUUUCUAAAAUGUUCUAAAAUUUGUGUUGUUGUACUGGGCUGUGUUGAUAGGUGUCUCGAUUAUUUUGUCUAUCCCCCAACCCUGUAUUGCCUGUUUGCUAAAUAUGUUGACAUGGUUACAUGUGGGACAUAUAUUGCUGUGAAGUUAUGUGUGGUUGCACAUUAGAAGUCUAGCAAAAAGUCAAAACAUAAUUGCAAACGUUAGAUUUGUUGAUCUGUUUUGAGUUUAACUUGGUCCAGUAUGUAGGGCUCCAUUUCCUCGGGCCUUCAAAUACCCUGAAAAACAAGGUGAAUUAUGUAAAAUUUAUGAUAAAAAGCAGCAUAAAAGGACUUUAAUAUCGUCUGUGAGGUGAAUUAAAUGGACAAUGAUGUUUGUACUCGAACAAGUUUAUCUGAUGUAGCAUCAUUAGCAGUCAUGUCUUGUGGGAGGGAAGGGGGUAUAUGAAACAUAUUCAUUUAAGUGGAUCUUUUAGAUUCCAUUGUGACAUAAAAAACCCACACCCUUCAUUAUAAAAACAACACAAGUUGACAGUACGACAAAGUAAUGGCUGUUUAGUGGGAGCCAGGUGUUAAAGUGGGAUUUGAAUCAUCAGACCAGGAGCUCAUUCUGCUGCCUCUUUGCUUUCUGGUCAUUUAAAUUCAUCAGUGACACACGCGCCGCACAUCCUUUUUAUCUGUGUCACCGCUCCGUAAUUAAGUGUUCAGAUUUGAGGUUUCAUUUCUCAGAAGAAGGCCUUGAAUCAUAUUAAAUGGGGAGCAGUUAUUACUUGUCCUAAGCCAUUGCUAUCAUACUGAAAUGUAUUUAUAUUCUAUUUAAACAUAUUUAUUUGUGUGUUUUGUCUGUGUCUGCUUAUGUCAGUCCUGUUACUGACCCUCCAUUGUAUGUAAAUAGUUUGAUUACAAUAAUGUUAGUUUCAGUAUUUUCAGAGAACUGUAAAGACAAAGGGUGAGAUGUAUUUCGUUUUAUUUUUGCAGAGUUGUACGCUGGUAAAUAUCACACCUGAAAUAAUUUAUUGGAAAGAUAAGGACGGCUAAUCGGGGGGUUAUUUGUCAGCUUUUUUCCAGCUUUUCAUUUCAGUGUUAUCAACAAAACAGCAACAAAUUGUCAUGUUCAGACGUUCCAUCAAUAAAAAAGAGGGCUUUCUCCCCCCUAGAGUGUC